AUGAAUUAAAACCUGAAGGAUCAAUAGCAUCUAACCAUCUCCAAAAUAAUAUUUGGUAAUUCACAAUUUAGACAUUUUUUGUAUUUUAAUCACAGGUAAGAUAUUCAUAUAUUGAAUAUAAAAUAUUUAGGUUUAGAGGGAGAAAUUCAAUUAUUUAGCAAUAAGAUCAAACGAUAAAUGGCACUUAUAAAAUUUUAUGAUUAAUCUGAUAUGGAAAAAGGACUAACUUAAUAUAAACAACAGAAGGUUUACAUAGUAAUAUUAAUUUAUUACAUAUUGGACUUGAAUAUUUAGAUAAAAGUCUUUAAGAUGAUAUUUUAAAUCGAAGAGUUUAUGAUAGAAUGUAUUAAAUAAUAAUAUAUUUAAUCUAGUUAUAAUGAAGGAGAACUUUGGUAUUUAACAUAAACAAUACUUUCUGGUUUGAAAAAUCUUUAAAGUAAUAAUUUUCUAUAUUAAGAUUUACAUCCAAAGAAUAUUAGAACUAAGUUAAAUGGUGCAGUUAAACUAUUAGAAUUAUUUUGCUUAGCUAAUCAAUAAAAUGCAUAUUAAAAAGUCUUUACAUUAAGAGAAGUUAAAUAUCUAUCUCCUGAACGAUUAUAUGUAUUAGAAAAUAAAAGUUAAAAUGUAAUUAUAAUUAUCUAAAUUUUAAGGAUAGAGAAGAAUAUUCUAUUGAAAAAUAAAAUGCAUUUAUUAUAUGUGUUGUCUUCUUGA